GCGGGAGUGCGGCGGCGCGGGCCGGGCGGGCGCGGCGGGGACGUCUGCGGUCGGCGGUGGCCGGCGCGGGGAGCAGGGCCGCGCUCCGCUGCGCUCCGUGUCCCCCCGCACCGGCAGGCGCCAUGGCGGAGGCCGCGGGCACCGGCGCCGGCGGAGAGGCGGCGGCCGCGGCCGGCGCGGGCCCCGCGGGCUUGUCCCCGGGCCGGGGCUUCGCGAGCUACCGGCCCUUCGAGCCCCAGGCGCUGGGCCUGAGCCCGAGCUGGCGGCUGACGGGCUUCUCCGGCAUGAAGGGCUGAGGCUGCAAGGUCCCCCAGGAGACGCUGCUCAAGCUCCUGGCGGGACUGACGCGGCCCGACGUGCGGCCGGCGCGGGGCCCGGGCCUGGGGGGGGCCCGGGAAGAGCCGGCGCAGGAGGGAGGCCUGGCGGCCGGGGCCGAGCCCAGCGCCCCGUCUCCGGCCCUGGGCAUUGGGAUGGACUCGUGCGUCGUCCCGCUGAGGCACGGGGGCCUGUCGCUGGUGCAGACCACGGACUUCUUUUACCCCCUGGUGGAGGAUCCCUACAUGAUGGGGCGCAUAGCCUGUGCCAACGUGCUGAGCGACCUGUACGCCAUGGGCAUCACCGAGUGUGACAACAUGCUGAUGCUGCUCAGCGUCAGCCAGAGCAUGACGGACGAGGAGCGGGAGAAGAUCACGCCGCUGCUGAUCCGGGGCUUCCGCGACGCCGCCGAGGAAGGAGGCACCGCCGUGACCGGGGGGCAGACGGUGGUAAACCCUUGGGUUAUCGUCGGGGGGGUUGCCACUGUGGUGUGCCAGCCCAGCGAGCUCAUCAUGCCCGACAGCGCGGUCGUGGGGGACGUGCUCGUGCUGACCAAACCCUUAGGAACCCAGGUCGCGGUCAACGCCCACCAGUGGCUGGACAGCCCCGAGCGAUGGAGUAAAGUCAGUAUGGUGGUCUCCAGGGAGGAGGUGGAGCUGGCCUACCAGGAGGCCAUGUUCAGCAUGGCGACGCUGAACAGGACGGCCGCCGCCUUGAUGCACACGUUUAACGCGCACGCGGCCACCGAUGUCACCGGCUUCGGCAUCCUGGGACACUCUCAGAACCUGGCCAAGCAACAGAGAAACGAGGUGUCGUUUGUGAUUCAUAAUCUGCCCAUUAUUGCCAAGAUGGCAGCCAUCAGCAAGGCCAGCGGGCGCUUCGGGCUCCUUCAGGGGACCUCGGCGGAAACCUCCGGGGGAUUGCUGAUUUGUCUGCCAAGAGAACAGGCAGCUCGCUUUUGCUCCGAAAUCAAAUCUUCCAAGUACGGAGAGGGCCACCAGGCAUGGAUCGUCGGGAUUGUGGAGAAGGGAAACCGGACAGCCCGGAUCAUUGACAAGCCUCGAGUUAUUGAGGUCCUACCUCGGGGGGCUACUGCUACUGCUCUGGCUCCUGACAAUUCCAGUGCCGCCUCUGAGCCGAGUUCAUGAGAUGGAAUAGCACAAGCUGUUUGGACCUUAGAGCCUUUGUACACAAUCAUGAACAAUUCUCAGAACUUUAUUUUAAGAAGAAAUUUCCAAAGAAGGCCUCCUGCACAGUAGUUCCAGUGGCCCUUUCGAGGUCAUUUGAAUCCGCCCAUCAUAAGCUGCACAUUCCAAGGCCAGAAGUAACAUUUUGGACUUCAGGGGGGAGGUUUGUUCAUCUCAUAUGUGGAAGAAAAGCAGAAAAACCUCUGUUAGUUCUUUCCAAGAGCAAGAUAAAGCUAUUCUGGUUUGAGGGAUUUUUUUUUUUUUUCUUUCUUGGCACUGGGUUGAUUCAUGCCUGCACAGGGAGUGAGGUUAUUUGUUAGAAUUACAUACACACCAAAAAAAAAAAAAAAAAAGUAAAUUGCAAAAUUAUUUAGAUCAGAAGCAAAUAAGUUUGGACCAAUACUGUUGAUAAAUCUAAAUUGUUAAGAGAGAUCUUACAUUGCAUUGUCAAAUUCUUCAUUAGAUUUUUCUGAAGUACUGGCUCUUUCCUGCUUUGGACAAGAAUUGAGCAGCUUGUCCAAUGACUGGGAAAGGAGGACCUGCGACCAUCUCAUUUGGUCUCUGUUAAUGACGUCUCUCUCUCUAAACCCCUUUAAGGACUGGGAGAGGCAGAACAAGCCCCAGAGCCCAAACCUUGGUGGUCAUUAAGAUAUUCAAUCUUGUGUUGAAAAUUCCUGGUGAUUUAAUCAAUAAAGUAAUUUUUAGCGAAAUAAAUAAAAAGGACUUUGUGGAAAAAUU